AUGCGAGUACUCCCCCACUGGGCUGAGUGGUCGGACCAUGCUGCCCUAGGCCUGACUGUGAGCCAGGUGCCCGUGCAGAUUAGCUUUCCGGAAACAGCGGACGUCUCGCGUCCUCACGCGGCACCUCCCAACCCUGUGGGGACACCCAUAACGCCAAGCCCUCUCGACGACCUCCUUCGCCGGACAAUUGAGAGCAGGCAGUCCCUUCCUGCCGCCCUGCAGUCUCUAUACGGGGCCGCUCAGUGCACCUCCAGAUCUGCCCCUAGCAUGUACACGGAUGGAUCGGCAUCGCGGGACUUGGGAAAGCUCUACGGCCCGUUUACAAGGGCGGGGUCGGGGGUAUACUGGGGACGUGGCUCAGCUAAGAACCGCGCAGUCCUCGCUCCUUCACCGCCGACAAACAACAGGGCUGAGCUGUACGCGAUACUCCUUGCUAUCUGUGAGACCGACCCCUGCUUGUCCCUCCGUAUCUACACCGACUCUGACUAUGCCAUCCGGGCUAUAUGUCAUUGGGCGCCCGGCUAUGCAGCGGCUGGGUGGGCGUGCCGCAACGCAGACAUCCUACGCAAUAUUGUGGAUGUUAUUCGUGAGCGCCAUGCUCCUAUAGCGUUCCACUGGGUGAAAGGGCACGCAAACAACGUCAGUAACGAGGCAGCAGACGAGCUGGCGCGCAUAGGAUGCGCA